AUGGAAAAGUCAAGAAAUAGUGUUAUAUUAUUUCUUUUCUACCUGUCUGUCUUCUAUCCUCAGACUGAGGUUCACUCAUUCGCCACUCCAUCUGAUCAUGAUUUCGGCUACAUGAAAUUUGUGUAUAAUGCCACAGAUCUACCAUCAGAAGAAGUAUAUGACUAUAUUGUAGUUGGAGGGGGCACCGCAGGCUGCCCAUUGGCGGCCACUUUAUCAGUAAACUACUCGGUGCUCCUUCUCGAAAAGGGAAGUGUCCCAACUGCAUAUCCAAGUGUUUUGCAUCAUGAUGGGAUUCUUACAACUCUCACUCUAGAAGAUAAUGGGAAGACGCCAGCUGAAAGGUUCACAUCAGAAGAAGGUGUGGCCAAUGUAAGAGGCAGGGUCCUAGGUGGGUCAAGCAUGCUCAAUUUUGGUGCUUACUCUAGAGGUGAGAAGGAAUUUUAUGCAGAAUCAGGAAUUGAAUGGGACAUGGAUUUGGUUAAUACUGCAUAUGAGUGGGUUGAAAACACUAUUGUUUUCCGGCCAAAUGUGUCACGUUGGGAAUCUCUUGUGAAAGAAGCUUUAUUGGAGGCUGGUGUUGGUCCAGACAAUGGAUUUAAUUUGAAUCACAUACUCGGAAGUAAGGUCACUGGUUCAAUUUUUGACAAUGAGGGAAGGAGACAUGGAGCUGUGGAAUUUCUUAAUCGAGCAGACCCAAAGAACGUGCGAGUUGCAGUUCAUGCCACAGUAGAAAGGAUCAUAUUCUCUUCCAAUGAAUCAAGUUUGUCUGCUAGAGGAAUCGUGUAUAGUGAUGCUCAAGGGAAGUCACAUAAGGCAUUUGUGCGUGGAAAGGGAGAAGUUAUAUUGAGUGCCGGGACAAUUGGAAGCCCUCAACUUCUGCUACUUAGUGGUGUUGGCCCAAAGUCCUACCUUUCAUCUAUCAAAAUCCCAGUUGUUCACCAUGAGCCUAACAUUGGGCAGUUUAUGCGUGACAAUCCUCGCUAUUACAUUACAAUUUUGCCCCCAUCUCCACUGGUUCUCUCUGGUGGACAGACUGUUGGUAUCACAAAGGAUUUCUACAUAGAGACUCUCACCGGCCCCCCAUUUUCCUCCACGCCCUUUAGUAUUUUUCCUCAUCCAUCUAUUCGCAUAAAAAUAAAUUCAACUUUCGGACAUAUUGUAGGCAAAUUUCCAGGACCCUCGUCCUAUGGUUCUCUUACAUUGCAAUCAUCCUCUGAUGUCAAAGUUGGUCCAAAUGUCCGCUUCAGCUACUAUGCACAUCCGCUGGACCUUGCUCGCUGUGUUAGUGGCGCAAGGAAGAUUGGCCAUUUAUUAAGAACGAACUCAUUGAAACCAUUUAAGACUCAAGAUUUGCCGGGUGUAGAAGGCUUCGACUUUUUUGGACUACCUUUACCAAUGAACCAAACAGAUAACGCAUCCUUUGAAAGAUUUUGUCGAGAAACUACAGCCACAUUUUGGCACUAUCAUGGGGGAUGCCUAAUGGGAAAGGUGGUGGAUGGAGAUUUGCGAGUCAUGGGGAUCAAUGCAUUACGUGUUGUUGAUGGCUCUACAUUUAAUUUGUCACCAGGGACCAAUCCUCAAGCCACCCUCAUGAUGUUGGGCAGGUAUGCUGGCCUUAAGAUGUUGAAAGAAAAAAAGAAAAAAAAGAAAUCUUUAAUGUCGGAAUGGCAGGUCUCCUGGGUGGUUAAUGUUUAA